AUGGAAAAGUAUAACGGAAAUGUUGUUUCAAAGGUACCAAACUUGGCAAUCUAUAUACCAAACUUUAUAACAGAAAAGGAAGAACUUGAAAUUGUAAAACAUGUUAAUAAGGCUCCUUUACCAAAGUGGACCCAGUUAAGUCACCGUAGACUACAAAAUUGGGGUGGUAUUCCACACAUCAAAGGAAUGAUAGCCGAGGAUAUACCAACCGUGCAACAACUUAAUUUAGAAUUCAGUUUUCUGUUAGAACGUAGAAGUCUGUUAAUUCUCCAAGAGAAUUUGUACCAUCAUUACUUACACUCAAUUGCAGAAAGAGAUACAGAUGUUAUUUCAAAGUCUCUAAUAACAAAUUUAGAUCUAUGUGGAGAUCAGUUUAUAGAAGGACAAACAUUAAAACGGGAUAUUAGAUUAUCUUUAACAAUCAGACAUGUUCCUAAAACAACUAAAUUAAAACUGAAAAUCAAUUAA